AUGGCCGUCAACGACACUGCCACCAGCCGUCAGCCCUCCAAGUUCAAAUGGAUGGUCAUCAAUAACUGUGCCGUCUGCCAGCUUAUCCUAGAGGGGCGAGGCAUGACUGACAGCGUCCUCAGUGUAAUUCACCCCCUCCUUCUCCAUCGACCAUGCGAUGCGGUUGACCCUCUGUACAAAUCACCGCCCAACUUUCCACAUCUGCUGCCUGUCAGCAUCUGCCAGGCGCACUCACCCGUCCCGCACAUAAUGAAAAACUCUCAUUACUCGCCUCCACCCAACAGCAUGCUGGAUUCUAAGCACCACGGAGUGACCACGGUGUCCACUCACAACAAGAUCUCCUUCUCAAUCGUCGACAUCCUGGACCCGAACAAAUUCAACAGCAAGAAGACGAGCGAACGCGCCAAACUUGGAGUGGCGGAUGCGGAGGGGACUAGUUUGGAAAAGAACAGCGACGCGGAAGGAGACGACACAACGGACGAUGAUGACGCCUCUGCACUCAACAAUAGCCAGCCGGUUGUUGUCGACCCCCUCAUGAUCUCGCCCCCAGCCGAGAGAAAGCACUGCCCACCCGAGGACCCGGACAAUGUGGUAAAAGACUCGACGGUCACACUGCAAGACCCAUCAACACACAGCAAGAGAAGACGGCAAGACCAGAACAAUGCCAAGCCCCGGCGUGCCCGGACAGCCUUCACCUACGAGCAGCUGGUGGCGUUGGAAAACAAGUUCCGUGCCACUCGCUACCUGUCAGUGUGCGAGAGGCUCAAUCUAGCAUUGUCAUUGAGUUUGACGGAGACGCAGGUGAAGAUCUGGUUCCAGAACAGACGCACGAAAUGGAAAAAGCAGAACCCUGGCGCAGACAGCACCAUGCCCCCAACACCCAGCCCACUCGUGAGUCCUGGCCAAGUUACAUGUGGUUCCAGCCAGGCCGGCUUCCACCAGUCCUUCCCCAAUCUCAGUUCUGGAAAUGUCAUCUUUCACACAGCUGCAGCAGCACCACUUUCAUCCACUGGAGGGCUCCUGCAUCCCUUUUUAUCUAGCGGAUUUGUGCAGCCCUCCUAUUUCAAUCCACACCUAUGAGAGAAGGGCUGGACUCUUCCAAUUAU